CAACUAGUUUGAUUGAAACUUAUCUCAACUCCAAACCUUUGAAAAACAGGGGAAAACGGGAAUCCAAAAUUUCGUGUAAUAGUACGUCAAACUAAAACCCUUGCAAACCCCAAAAUCCUCUUCAAUGGAGGUAGUAAACUACUGAACUAAUAGAAACAAAAAUAGGGUUUAAUCAAAAUGUUUGCCACUAGAAAUCUCCAUAAGAACUCCCUCAAAACCCUAACUUCUCUUCUCUACCAUAACCACUAUCUUCUAAGAAACUCAAUUCCUCCAUUAAAUGUUCAAAUUCAACAAGAAUCUUCAAAUUCGAAGAGUUCUUCACCUAAUUCUUCAAUUUCUUCUUGCAAUUUUGAUUUGGGAUUCAAUGUUUUUCGUCGGUUGAUGUCGACGUCAAAGGGGCGAAGUAUGAGGAGUAAAGUAGAGAGAAGAAUGCAAAGAGAAUCUGGGAAAACUCAAAGACAAAUUCGUCAAGCUAAGAAGAUUAAACUUAAGCUUAUGACUGAAGAAGAACGCCUAAUUUACAAUCUUCGAAGGGCCAAAAAGAAAGUUGCGUUGCUUCUGCAAAAGCUGAAGAAAUACGAACUACCUGAGUUACCUCCACCUAGACAUGACCCAGAGCUGCUGACAUCUGAGCAGCUUCAGGCUUAUAAGAAGAUUGGUUAUAGAAACAAAAACUAUUGUGAGGUUGGUGUUCGUGGAGUCUUCGGAGGAGUUGUCCAGAAUAUGCAUCUUCAUUGGAAGUUCCAUGAGACUGUGCAAGUUUGUUGCGAUAACUUCCCCAAGGAGAAGAUCAAGGAGAUGGCAACAAUGCUUGCAAGGCUCAGUGGUGGUAUUGUGGUUAAUUUACAUAAUGUGAAAACAAUCAUCAUGUUUCGUGGUAGAAACUACAGGCAACCGAAAAACCUGAUACCUAUGAACACCCUUACGAAGAGGAAGGCUCUUUUUAAGGCAAGAUUUGAGCAAGCACUUGAAUCUCAGAAACUCAAUAUAAAGAAAACCGAGCAGCAACUUCGCAAGAAGGGAAUAAGUCCAGAUGAUCCUGUUGCCAUGGCAAGCAUCCAGAGGGUAGCAUCAACAUUCUUUAAUGCAAUUGACAAGAAGGAAGGGAGCCCAUAUGUCUUCCGUGAGGCUGGAGAAUCUCUGAAUGAGCCUCAGAAAAACUCAGAACAGCCUGAACCUGGUGAGGAUAGUGAUCAAGAAGAACUUGACAAAUUUAUAGCAGAGAUAGAAGAUGCCGUUGAUAAGGAAUGGGCCGAGGAGGAGGCUGCAGAAAAUGAAGAGUAUGGAAGAAUUAGGUACCGGGAUAAGGAAGAUUUUGGUGGAAGAUCCAAACCUGAACGCUUCGUAGACAAUUACUCUUCAAACGGGGAUAGAGGUCGAGGUAGAGGUUCGACGGACAGACAUCCAAGGCAAAGAAUGGAAGACAGUGAAGAUGAAGAUUUUAUUGACGAGGAUGGCGUGAGUGAAGAAGAAAGGCACACUUCUGAUUCUGAUGAUGAUAAAUUUAAACAUCCACCAUCCAGAGUUGAAACACGGAAGCCAGAAAGACCAAGAGGACCACGUGAGAACCAAAGGUUUAAGCAAACUGAUACUAGUUUUAAAGGAAAGAUAAUCGAAGAAGAAUCAGGGUCAGGAAAUAUGUUUGAGGAACUCAAUGACAUAAUGUGGGAAUCUGAUGAUGAAGGACAUACACCAAGACCACCAAAGACUUCCACAAAUGAAGAUCGUGGUGGCUACGGCUCAGGUAGAGAGAAGAAGAACAAUAGGGUAGAUGAUGCAGGUUCUCCUGAAAUGAAUAGUGAUGAUUCUGAUGAAGGUGAUGGGUAUCCCAGAUUUAGAAGUAGAACCAAAAACCAGGAUAAAAGAGGCAGGGCUGAUAAUAUGGGCAUAAAAUGGGGGAGUGAUGGUUCCGAUAUUGAACAUUUUAGCGAUUCAGAAAUACCCAUCUAUGAGUCAGAUGAUGAUGCCCUUGAAUCCACUGCCUUAAGAGCAGCUGACGAGGACUAUAGCGGCUUUGGUGGGCCGCCACAUCAUCAUGCGAAGGCGGAGGGUAAAGAAGUUCCUAGGGGAAAUCAAGUGUCUCGAAAACACAAGGACGAUGAACUCUGGGAUAGUGAUUGAUCCUAGUAAAGGUGAAUCUAUGGGUGAUAGCAUCAGUGAAAGAAGAAAAAUAGCAGAAUGCUUCGAGAAAGGAUGAAAUUUUAUGAUGACUUGACUGUCUCAUACUCAUGCAUUAAAGAUGGAAGUAUCGAAGGUAAAACAUAUACAUUGCCUUCUAGGCUCUGGCAUUAUGACAUUUUCAGCCGAAACCGUAUCAAUGAGAUGGGUACUAUACUUUGGUAUCAACAGCGUUGUUCAACAGGUUGAAGUAAACUAUGGAUCAGGAAAACUUUCGAAGGGAAUCUUCAUAUAUGGAUCAAAUGUAUGUGUAUCAUGACUGAAUGUGGGAGGAAAUUCACAUAAUACGCUUGCCUUAUUUUUUUCAAAAUUUAUUGGUCUUGGUCCAUGUUUCAUAGGAGAGAUUCUUUAUGAAGCCUGUUAUUCAGGUAAUAACAUGUUGCAUUUGCCAAAAAAAUUAGUUCGUCUUUUAAGGUAAUACCUAUCAGAAACAUCUUUGAAUCAGUUUGUAUUUUCCUCUGUACCAAUCUAUAUAAUUUUUUUUGCAUCCCCAA